GACGAAUUAUUUACUCAUUUCAAAGGAAGACACGCGGUUUUGACAGUGUUUGCAAGAUCUGUGUAUACCAGUGAUCUAAACUUUCAUUUACACAAAAACUGUUCGAUCCAACCAGUUUCUAAUCAUUAUCUACGUAAUACCGAUUCAGGACCACCAAUUGUAUCCGGGAAAUGACAACGAAUUUGCCACUUGUUAUGAUUCCAUUCAAAUUUUUACUUUCGCCUAGUAUUUACUAAUUAGCUACAUAGUUGAAACUAGUGUCUGUCGGCUCGAAAGAAUUCCAAACGCUACGAUUUUACGCGAGCAGGACUCGUCGAACGCGACAUCCUUGAUCCUGCUGCCUGAUACCGAUAAAUGUCCUCCUUGUUUCCCUUUAUUAUUUUUAAUGAUAGCAAAGUCACGGCGAUGACGGCCGUGCCGUUGUAAUUUGUCUGCAUUCGUUUUGUUUCAUAAUUACUCGGAAUAAUGGUUGGCGAGUUAAAUCGUCCCAUUGUUCCGUGAACAGCGCGAACACUCGUCGCCACGAAUUAUUUAACCGAAUCGUGGUUGGCGGGCGCGUCAUCGAUACCACAUGAAUCGUCGGUGCAUGUCACAAAUCGAUGUUUGUUUGAGAUCGCGGUAUCAUUUGGGAAAGGCGCGUCCCUGACGCUCGCGGUGGUCGUCAUGUUACGCCGAUUGCUUCACGAUUACCCUGAAGGCUGGAUUUAGAUCUACAUCAUUCAUUCGCAUGAAUCGCGUGAGCUUCCGGUAAAAAAAAGACGUCCAGCUACACGGGCUUAUCUAGAAAAGCGUCAGUUGUCGCGAUUCAUAUACUAAAUACUCGUUCUCGAUGUCGAGUCGGUCGCCUUGGACGUAUCUGCACUUCGUGUACUCCAGUAGUCGCAAUGCCGCUUAGAUAAGACGCCGAAGAAAAGAAAAAUCUCUCAACCACAAGGAUCCGAUCACAUCUUCGUUCCGACAGCGCCGCGCGAACAUGACUAGCGGACAUUGCCGGAAGUGAUCCGCGAUUCCCAGUAAUCGUCGCCUCGUCGUCUAGCUACACGAUUAAAUUCGUGUCGUUCACAGUUUGCGCCGGCCGCUUGCGUAUUAUUGUCCGAGUGCGCUAGGUGGGAGACGGGUUUGUCGAUGGUGGGGGCUGUCUAGAAUCGAUCCAAGUUCGGAUGGGGAUUUCACGCGAGCGACGUCGCAAAUCAAUUAGUGAUCUACAAUUUAUUCACGAUAAGCGCUCCUCCUCCCACUGUCGCACGGCCAACGAGAUAGCGCACGUGCGUGCGGACGGACGGCAAGGAACACGUCGCACGCAUCUCCUAUGCACAUAGGCGGCUGAAGUACCGACAAACGAGCCGAGGCUUCUUUUAUCAGUCAACCACGACCGCGUGAAGCAAACGGAUCGAAAGGCGGCAGUAGUGCGACAUCUUUACACUCGGGACUUCACUUUUUUGCGAGACCGAAAGUCCCGCGACGCGAUCCCGCGUCGCCUCAUCGAUCCUCGAUCACAGUGCUCCACCUUGGCCCGACACGGGAACAACCACCGCGAGCCAACCACCCGCAUUUCCAGCACCAAGGAUCCCGGCCGGAGACCGAACGCUCCUUCGAGAACGAGAUCGAAGCAGCGCGAGCCAGAAGUGGCAGGGUCAAUCGAACAUCAACGAACAAUCAACGUUUUACUAGGAAACGUCGACACGCUGGCGCAAAUUCCUCGAUAUAUCGUUACUACAUCAAGGCUGACCGAAAUAGGCAGGUCCGACGUGAAACUAUCACAGGUCGAUCCCCGAGUCUGCCAAUUUCGACGGGGAUACUAUACGAUUGCCCGGCAGCAACGAAUCCGGUAUGGUCGCUUUUCCGGACUCGUCGACUGAGCCGACGCUGUUGAACGUAACUGAUAUAAAGUUAAACAACCGGCCGGAUCACGAUGAGCAAUUAGCAGAGAAGACCGACGGCAUGAAGGUUAAGGAUCACGCGUUCACCAUAUCGCGGGUCAACAUGUGGAACGGCAAGGACAACUAUGCGCUUGAUUUCGAUUGUAUGGAGAAGGGCAACGAGACCAAGAUGAAUGGGUCCGCGGACAUCAAGGUGGAACCGGAUGUCGUGAAGAAGGUAGCAGCGGGAUUGAAAGCCCCUAACGGACAAAAGAACAAAGGGGACAUGUCACUGUGCACUCUCGGUGGCCGAUCGCAUUCCAGUGGAAGUUCCCUAGUGACGAUCUCUUCCGUCGAAAAUUCAGAUACCAAUCCGGAUUUCCCUAAUAACUCGGAUGGAUUCGGAAACAACACCCACAGGAACGAAAGAUGGUACCAGACGACGCUGCAGGUCGCGGUGCCGUUCUUCAUCGCCGGAAUUGGCACCAUCGGGGCCGGUCUGGUUCUCGCAGAGGUCAAGGACUGGGACGUGUUUAAAACCGUUUCUCAAUUAUUCAUUCUGGUGCCCUCUUUGCUAGGAUUGAAAGGCAAUCUGGACAUGUGCUUGGCCUCGCGCUUGUGCACGCAAGCGAAUUUAGGGAAUAUGAACGGUGUCCGAGAGAUCACGAAAAUGAUUAUCGGUAACAUCGCCCUGGUACAGAUACAAGCGAUCGUCGCGGCCAUCUUGGUGUCGAUUUUCGCAGUUGUGGUCGACGCGAUAGUGGAAGGCAACCACUACAAUUUCAAAUGGGAGCAUUGCUUGCUGCUGGCCGCAUCUAGCGUAUCCACUGCCACCAGUUCCUGUUUCAUUCUAGAUUUUGUAAUGAUCGCCGUGAUAAUGGUGUCUUAUCGAUGUAAAAUGAACCCGGACAAUCUGGCAACGCCGUUGGCAGCGUCCGUCGGCGACGUCGUAUCCCUGAGCGUGUUGUCGGGGAUCGCGUCGUCGUUGUACCAGAGGAUACACACGGAAAUAUGGGUCCUUUAUGUUAUACUUGGCUGUUACUUAAUGAUAUUACCGUUCUGGAUUUACAUUGUAUUGAGAAACAAAUACACCAGAAACGUGCUAACAUCCGGCUGGGUUCCAGUUUUGUCCGCUCUAUUUAUUAGUGGAUUCGGCGGUCUGAUUCUGGAUCGCGUCGUCGACGAGUACAAAGGAUUCGUGAUCUUCCAACCUAUCAUAAAUGGAAUCGGCGGCAAUUUAGUCUCUGUUCAAGCGUCUCGAAUCUCAACAACGUUGCAUCAGACCACGAUUAUGGGAAUUUUACCGCCGAGCUCGAAAAUGUGGGUUAGCCCGUGGACGGCGCUCUUUAGAGGCUCGCCAUAUGCGAAAACGGCCAGAAUACUCAUUUGCAUGGCGGUGGUCGGCGAACUAGUCUUCAUUUUCCUCGCCGAUUACAUCAAGCACGGGACAUCCUUGCUGCACGCGUACUUCGUCAUCUCGUACCUCGUGGUCGCUGUACUUCAGGUUAUGCUGCUGCUCUACGUGGCGCAUAUCAUUAUUCACGCCAUGUGGCGUCACAAAAUUGACCCGGACAAUUCGGCGAUCCCGUACCUGACGGCAUUGGGCGACCUCACGGGUACCAUGUUCCUGGCGGCGGCGUUCUGGUUCCUCAUAAACAUACAUCAAGAGUACGCUGGCAAGUAAUUGCCGGGAUCCGCUAUGUACAGUUACUGUCGCGAUACAAUUCGUAGGAAAGCCCGUGGCAGCGUUCCUCGCCCAGAGAUAUGCGGUGAGCAAAUUUCAGAGACGUUCAAUCCCCUCGAUAGAGAUGAGAAAAGGAAAGGAAUCACGUGCCGCGGUGGCAAAGAAGCGAGCAGACACGAGGAUUAACAGGAUGAGCAGUUCGUGGAAACGAGAAUGAAGUAUUUUUACCGGAUGAUCUAAUUGAUCUUAAGCGGUCCCGAGAUCGGGUGCAUUUCUUUUCCCGUUACGGGAACCUUUUAAUGGUACGUUAGCUGCGCUAAUUAAUUUGUGUCGCUCGAACCGGAAUACAGUCGUUUUGAUAAAAAAAAACAAAAGGAAGAAGCUUGCCGGCAUCGUCGAAGUUGGAACUACUCCAGAAAGAAGGAUGAGGAAGUAUAAUGACACUAAUCCUGUUUGAAGCGGAUAUUAAGCAUCGCAACCCCUACACGAUGUAAUUUAGUGUAAUCUCUUAACGAUCGUGCAAUAGUAAUUACGUAGCAAGGACGUCCGCGGGAAAUGUAUCGAUUCGGUGAUCGUUUAAAACCGAGAACAGUACAAUAAUUUUGAUAUGUCUUUUUUUAAAUCGCGCGCAAUUGUUGAUAGAUGAACAGAACACGAAGUAUUUUAAUUGUAAUAUACCAGUGCGCAUUGUACUUUGAGAUUCUAAUUGUUCAUUAGGGAAAAGAGCUACUAUUUUAAUGCCAAAUCCAGAACUGUACCAUAGUAUGAAAGUAUUUGUAUGGGAUUUGUACAAUGGCACUUGUAUUUUUAAUAGUGAGAUUGUAGAUAUAAUUCAUGAAAAAGAAAUUUAUGAACGACAAUACUUAAUAGUUGUAGGAAAACUACAGAAUAUUUUAUUUCUGAUAGAAACUGAGGUAAACUUUUUAAAACAAUAGUAUAACAAGUAAUAAAAUAACAGACUGGUAGAAUCGAGUACAUUAUAACAAGACUUUUGUGUCACCAAAUGAGCAAUACGGUUUGUUAGUAUUUAAAUAAUAUAAAUGAUUUAAGCACAGU